AUGCCCGAUGUGAAAGCAGAUAUACGACUCACCAUGCAGACAAUAACGUACUGCAAUGCAGCUGCGAUCGAGCAGCCAGCACAAGCUGAGUUCUCUUUGCAAAACCAGGGACAUUUAUCUGCGACAGCCGUGUCAGGAGCUUCAGCUGGCAUGGCAGAGAUUGAUGGUGAGGCUAAAACAGCAACGAGGGCGAUGACAAUUGCAGAGGAGAAACGCAUUAUUGUCGACUCGUGA